AUGAACCAACUCCCUGUCCAUGAGGAACUCCUGAAUCUUGCACAGAACAAUUCCAUUAACUUGAAGCAGGCUUUCAAGGAAGAUUCCGAACGCUUCUCCAAGUUUUCCACGCACUUUGAAACUGAUGCCAAGGAUGUGUCGAUUCUGCUGGACUACAGCAAGAAUCUGAUUGAUGAGAAGAUUUUCGGCAAACUCAUCCAGCUAGCGAAAGAGUCUGGUGUAGAGAAGAAGCGUGACGCAAUGUUCAAGGGUGAGCACAUCAACAACACUGAGGACCGGGCGGUACUGCACAUUGCUCUGCGUGACCUGCCUGGGGACUUCCCGGUGUCUGAACCCGGUGUAGAAGAGGUCAAGCCCGAGCUUGAACACAUGCGCCAGUUUUCGGACAAAGUACGCUCCGGCGAGUGGAAAGGCUACACCGGAAAGCCGAUCCAAACCGUUGUGAACAUUGGCAUUGGCGGCUCCGAUCUCGGACCUGUGAUGGUAUGCGAGGCGCUCAAGGCGUACUCGAAGCGUGAUCUCCAGCUGCAUUUCGUGUCGAACAUCGAUGGUACCCACAUGGCUGAGGCUUUGCGUGCGUCUGACCCCGAGACAACGCUUUUCAUUAUUGCCAGCAAGACUUUCACCACCAUCGAGACGAUCACAAACGCUGUGACUGCCCGUGAGUGGUUCCUUCGUGCAGCCAAAGAUAAGUCGCAUGUUGCCAAGCACUUUGUGGCUCUCAGCACGAACGAGCCUGCAGUGACAGAAUUUGGUAUUUCCAAGGAGAACAUGUUCAAGUUUUGGGAUUGGGUCGGUGGCCGCUACAGUCUUUGGAGUGCCAUUGGUCUCAGCAUUGUUCUCUCGAUUGGCUUCGACAACUUCAAGGAAAUGCUAGAUGGUGCCCAUGCCAUGGACCUGCACUUUAAGAAUGCACCUUUAGAGAAGAAUCUGCCUGUGAUCCUUGGUGUUCUCGGUGUGUGGUACAACAACUUCCACGGCGCUUCUACUCAUGCAUUACUGCCUUAUGACCAGUACCUGUGCAAGUUUGCUGAUUAUUUCCAGCAGGGAGACAUGGAGUCAAACGGCAAGUUUGUUAGCAAGUCUGGUGUUCCUGUCUCGUACCAGACCGGUCCUAUUAUUUGGGGUCAGUCUGGAACGAACGGCCAGCAUGCUUUCUAUCAGCUUAUUCACCAGGGUACCAAGCUUGUUCCUUGCGAUUUCAUUGCUCCUAUUGAGACACAGAACCCACUAGGCGAGCACCAUGAUAUUUUGCUCUCUAACUUCUUCGCACAACCCGAGGCCUUGGCCUUUGGCAAGUCGGAGGAAGAGGUGGCAACGGAGUUGGGAUCCAAGGCUUCCAACCAAGCUCUUCUAAAGAGCAAGGUGUUCCGUGGUAACCGCCCCACUAACAGUAUUAUGGUCCAAAAAAUUACUCCUAAAACCCUUGGUGCUAUGAUCGCCAUGUACGAGCAUAAGAUUGCUACUCAAGGGUUUAUUUGGGACAUCAAUUCUUUCGAUCAGAUGGGUGUUGAACUUGGAAAAGUGCUUGCCAAGAAAAUCCUACCUUUGUUGAGGCAGAAAGACACUUCCAAGGUCGAUGCCGAUGGUCACGACUCUUCGACAUCAGGUCUAAUCAAGUACUAUCUGUCGAACCAGAAGUAG